AUGUUGGAGUUGAAGUUUGUGGUAAAUGUUCUUGGACGAUAUUUGUUUGAUCCUGAGCGUGAUCAUUGGGUUGCUGCAAAGAAAGUUUUGACAUAUUUACAAAGAACCAAGAAUUUUAUGCUUGUUUAUAAGAAAGUUAAGAAUCUUCGAGUUGUUGGUUAUUCAGAUUCUGAUUUUGGUGGUUAUGUGGAUGAUUUAAAGUCAAAUUCUGGAUAUAUUUUCACUUUGGCUGGCGCAGCUAUUUCUUGGAAAAGUGUAAAACAGACUUUGAUUAAUUUAUCUACUAUGUAUGCUGAGUUUGUAGCUUGUUAUGGGGCAUCCUUGAAAGCUGUGUGA